GCUGCUACAGACAAAGUUCCAAGAGUGAUUAUGACUGAGGCUUAUAGCCCAAUUGAUAAAAUUUUUGGAUAUUAUGGUAAUGCAACACAUGAUGGGGCUAGCUUUACUUUUAACUUCUUUUUGAUACAGAAUCUAACUAAAUCGUCGAAUGCAAACGAUUUCAAAAAAAUUAAUUGACACAUAUUUGGAAUAUUUACCAAGCGGUCGAACUCCAAAUUGGGUGCUUGGAAAUCAUGAUAACCACCGUGUAGCUGAUCGUUUGGGUGCUGGUCGUAUUGACGCUUUGAAUAUAUACACAAUGACGUUGCCCGGAGUUGGUGUUUCUUAUAACGGUGAAGAGAUCGGUCAGGAAGAUGGUUUUGUAUCAUGGGAAGAAACACAAGAUCCUAAUGCAAUUAAUGCUGGUGAAGAUCGAUAUCUACAAUUCACACGGGAUCCAGAACGUACACCCUUACAAUGGGACACAACUAAAAAUGCUGGAUUUAGUACAGCCAAUAAAACUUGGUUACCUGUUAGUGACAAAUACAAACAAACCAAUGCCAAAAGUCAAUCCCCAGCAAAUGCCGAUUCUCAUUACAAUGUGUAUAAAACACUGAUUCAGCUACGUAAAAAAUCAACUUUACAAGAUGGAUCAGUAGCGACUCAAACGGUUGGAAAAAAUGUUUUGGUUGUAACCAGAGAAUUGAAAAAUUCACCAACUUAUUUAUCAGUAUUAAAUUUGGGCGACCAAAAUGAAGUUGUGGAUUUAUCUAAGGUUGCUACUAAUGUUGUAGAAAAAUCAUUAAAAGUUGAGGUUGCUAGCGUGGGUGCUUCCAACAAAAAGGGAUCCACAAUUCCCAGAGGUGAAUUAAAAUUGGGUCCAAAUGAAGCUUAUGUUUUGUCUACGGAUUUAUAAAUCAAAACAUUAAUUUGUUGAUAUUUUCAUAAAAAUCAGUCAUCAU